AUGGCCUUCAGCAGGGUCUUUGCGAAUCUUGGCGGUUGCAUCUAUAAGGCCCUGUUAGUGGCCUUCGUUAGGGUUCUCUAUGUGAUUCUAUGUCUGUAUGAGAGAGUCUCACAUAGGCUGGGGUUCUCAGUCCACACUCGGAGGUCGGAACUCUUGCGUUACGAAUACAGCAGUAUUGACGCAAGUGAGUACGAAAGUAUGGAAUGGGCUUACGACGUUGUUUACGAAGCUGUCAGCAAGUUCAAUUGCUUUCCAACAGUGUAUCUCUGGGCACAUUGUCGCGUAUGGCGUUGGUGGAUCGAUCAAGGUAGACCAUACAUGCCCCGAUGUCUACAACGUCUGAUGCCAAGCCACCAGGAAACAUGUUGGAUCAGAACCCCACUGCCAAGACCUUUGCAGCUUUCAAUGUGGAGGUCAAAGAGCUGUCAUUUGGUGACAUCCAAAGCUUCAUCAAAGCAAGCUAACAACUUUCCCACAUCCCGCUCUUGGCUAAAAAUGGGUCUUCAACCUAGGAAUUUGAUCAUGGGAAAGAGCACCUAUCCCCCGUACAUUAUCGUCAGCCUCACGAUUUGUAUCGAUGCCGGGCCGAAGGAGCGCAUGUUCAUGGCCGAGGAUGAAUCUUCACCACAUUGGACAUCAAUUCUUGCCCCCUACCAGAAAGACUACAUCGCCGUAUUGGCCGAUCGCAGCUGGAAAACACAAAGAGCUUCCUCUGCCACCUUAUCUCUUCUCUUCACUGCCAAGGACCUUGCUUACAUCUAA